CUCCGGAAAGCCGCGGCCGCUGCCUCGGAAGGCGAGCCACCGCGGGACGCAGCUUCAGUCGCCCGCGACGUGCCUUCUCUGCCCUCCGCCUCUUUUCGCUCCUACCUGUCUGCCGCCGCCGCCAUGGCCCAAGCUGAUAUUGCAUUGAUUGGACUGGCUGUCAUGGGCCAGAACUUAAUUUUGAACAUGAAUGAUCACGGCUUUGUGGUCUGCGCUUUUAAUAGGACAGUCUCCAAAGUUGAUGAUUUCUUGGCCAACGAGGCAAAGGGAACCAAAGUGGUUGGUGCUCACUCCUUGGAGGAGAUGGUCUCCAAGCUGAAGAAGCCUCGGCGGAUCAUACUGCUUGUGAAGGCUGGUCAAGCUGUUGACGAUUUCAUCCAAAAAUUGGUACCGUUAUUGGAGACUGGUGACAUCAUCAUCGAUGGAGGAAAUUCUGAAUACAGGGACACCACAAGACGAUGUCGAGACCUCAAGGCCAAGGGAAUCUUGUUUGUGGGGAGCGGAGUUAGCGGUGGAGAGGAAGGGGCCCGGUACGGCCCAUCACUUAUGCCAGGAGGGAACAAAGAAGCCUGGCCCCACAUCAAGACAAUCUUCCAGGGCAUCGCGGCCAAAGUAGGAACUGGAGAACCCUGCUGUGACUGGGUGGGAGAGGAGGGAGCGGGACACUUCGUGAAGAUGGUGCAUAAUGGCAUAGAGUACGGUGACAUGCAACUCAUUGGCGAGGCCUACCAUCUGAUGAAGGACGUUCUGGGCGUGGAGCAUGACGGGAUGGCAAAGGGGAGUGUGUUUGAGGAAUGGAAUAAGACAGAGCUAGACUCAUUCCUGAUUGAAAUCACAGCCAAUAUUCUCAAGUUCCAAGACAGCGAUGGCACACACCUGCUGCCAAAGAUCAGGGACAGCGCGGGGCAGAAGGGCACGGGGAAGUGGACGGCCAUCUCAGCCCUGGAGUACGGCAUGCCUGUCACCCUCAUCGGAGAAGCGGUCUUUGCCCGCUGCUUGUCAUCUCUCAAGGACGAGAGGAUUCAAGCUAGCAAAAAGCUGAAGGGUCCUCAAAAGAUCCAGUUUAAAGGUGAUAAGAAGUCAUUCCUGGAGGACAUUCGAAAGGCCCUCUAUGCUUCCAAGAUCAUCUCUUACGCUCAGGGCUUUAUGCUGCUGAGACAGGCAGCCACUGAAUUCGGCUGGACCCUCAACUAUGGUGGCAUUGCCUUGAUGUGGAGAGGGGGCUGCAUCAUCCGAAGCGUAUUCCUAGGAAAGAUCAAAGAUGCAUUUGAUCGAAACCCAGAACUUCAGAACCUGCUACUAGAUGACUUCUUUAAGUCAGCGGUCGAAAACUGCCAGGAGUCCUGGCGGCGGGCAGUCAGUACUGGUGUCCAGGCAGGCAUCCCCAUGCCCUGCUUCACCACUGCUCUUUCCUUCUAUGAUGGGUACAGACACGAGAUGCUGCCAGCCAACCUGAUCCAGGCUCAGCGGGAUUACUUUGGGGCCCACACCUAUGAACUCUUGGCCAAACCAGGGAAGUUUAUCCACACUAACUGGACCGGCCACGGCGGCAGUGUGUCCUCCUCUUCAUACAACGCCUAGUCGCACUCACCGUGUUAACCCACCACAAUUCCAUAGACGGGACAUUCCAUUUGCCACACAACACCGCUUACACGGCCCUUUGCCCUACUUUCUGCUUAGAUCUUUUAAAACAAAGUGUCGGAAGAGACUCCCGAAAAGUCACCCCGAGCUUACUUGUGAAGUAGUUCUGUGAGACCCACCGUGCACUCUGUCCUUGCCUCUAGGGACUGGCCAGGAAUUGAGGUGCGACAGCGCAAACCAGCUCCUGACGCAGUGACUUUCCACAUGUCCCAUGUCCCGUGGAUUAGGGAGGCAGUCUAAGUUUGCCCUGAUAGAGGCAGCAGCUCUUACCACGUAGAAGGGAAGGGCUUGUUUUGGAAAUUGAUCAGACUGGAACCUUUGUAUCACGCAGCUGAAUUCCUUUUUUCCUUUACUUAAUAAAAACGAUAUUAUAUUUA